AUGAGGGCGGUGACGUAGAGACAGCUGACACUAUAUCUGUCUCCUUCCAGCCGGGGAUCUCUGCGGAUCGGAGCAUCGACGAGCAGAGAGGACCCGGAUCAAACCUAGACAGCAAGAUGGCCAGCACAAAGGAAAAGCUAAUUCACAAUCUGGUGAGCGACCCUCCCUCCUCCCACAGCAAGGUCACCAUCGUUGGCGUGGGCGCAGUGGGCAUGGCUUGUGCCAUCAGCGUCCUGCAGAAGGAGAUGGCCGAUGAACUUGCUCUGGUUGAUGUGAUGGAAGACAAACUGAAGGGUGAAAUGAUGGAUCUGCAGCACGGCAGUCUCUUCCUGAAGACCCCAAAGAUUGUCUCCGGCAAAGAUUACAGCGUUACAGCCCACUCCAAGCUGGUGGUGAUCACAGCCGGCGCUCGUCAACAGGAAGGAGAGAGCCGCCUGAACCUGGUCCAACGCAACGUCAACAUCUUCAAAUUUAUCAUUCCCAAUAUUGUGAAAUACAGUCCAAACGCCAUACUGCUCGUCGUCUCCAACCCUGUGGAUAUUUUGACCUACGUGGCCUGGAAGAUCAGCGGCUUCCCCAAAAACCGGGUCAUCGGCAGCGGCUGCAACCUGGACUCAGCCCGUUUCCGCUACCUCAUGGCAGAGAAGUUGGGGAUCAGUUCACUGAGCUGUCACGGCUGGGUCAUCGGUGAACACGGAGACUCCAGCGUACCCGUAUGGAGUGGCGUGAACGUGGCCGGCGUGUCCCUGAAGACUCUCAACCCAGACAUGGGCUCUGAUUCCGACAAGGAGAACUGGAAGGAAGUCCAUAAACAAGUGGUGGAGAGUGCCUACGAGGUGAUUAAGCUGAAGGGUUACACUUCCUGGGCCAUCGGCCUCUCAGUGGCAGAUUUAGGUGAAACCAUUCUGAAGAAUCUCAGGCGUGUGCACCCCGUUUCCACAAUGAUCAAGGGAAUGUACGGCGUGAACGAUGAAGUCUUCCUCAGCGUACCGUCCGUUCUCAGCAACCAGGGCAUCACAGACGUCAUCACCAUGCCGCUAAAGAAGGACGAGGAGGACCGUCUUAAAAAGAGCGCAGACACACUCUGGGGCAUCCAGAAGGAGCUGCAGUUCUAAGCCGUUUCAUGUUCACGCGCGCGUCCGUUGUCUUCUUCACGUGUUUUUACGUUGCACUUUUUUCGAGUAGGUCAAAUCCCUCGUGUCGUAAUUUCCUGUAUUUGUGAUAUCGCUAACGGGCAUCCCUUGCUGCUGUCACGGCAGCUGAGCCCGGUUGACGAACUGCGCUGUGCAUGGCUGCGGUUAAGGGUUAACAUAUGUUUAAGAAACACAGUCCUUAUUGCCACAUCACGUAAAUGUCCUUUUUUGGAUGCGUCUUCAGAACAACUUGAGUAUAAAGGGCUCUGUAGCCAUGACAGCAGGGGGCGCCAUUUUGUUCUGAAACAGACCAGUUUGAAGCUCUAGGAACGCCAUCGCUAGAUUCUUGGCGCUAAUAUUCUCUACACAAAAAUUACUGACUACACCAGGCAUACUCUUAUGAUCCACUGACCUCUAAUGCAGCGCCAGAUCAUGAGGUUUAAAGUGGACCUGUCACCGGUAUGGUCAAGUGUACCAUUUUGCUGACCCAAACUAUAUCGGUGAGGAUUCAGCAUAUUAUUAACUAGAACCUUUAUGCAACGCCUUGCAAUUAUAUUAUUGCGCCUCUAGCGUCCCCAUAUGCCCGAAUACGUGACAAACCGCCAUAUUUUUCUGCUGGAGGGUGACCCCUUUUUGAACCCAAUUUAAUAGGCAGAGUCACACUUUUCAUCCUAUUGCAGUAUGGGAAUGCUUCUUAUGUUGCACAAUAAUAAGCAUUGCAUUAGGGGGCAGCCCAUUGAAUGAAUGAGCUGUCAACGCACUGCAACGGUUCCAAAAAACGCACAUAACCUCUUUCAAUAGUGCAACGGCUGCUACCAUACUGUGCAUUGGGGGAUCGCUCACAAUGAAUGGCGCUGCAAUGCACCAUUGCGGUAAAUGUGCCUGUUAUGGUGUAGCUCAAUGGCGAUUGCUUAUGGUAACUGGGCGACAGGUGCACUUUAAACGCAAGAUUAUAUAUAUAAUAUAUAUACACACAUACGUGUUGUCCAAUGUAUUUUUAUUUAAGUGAAAUCAUGACAUAAUAAAGUAGUAAUGUUUACAAGACAAAUAAAUUAUUCUAUGGCAUCUUCAUGGAGAAUUCCCCUCCCCCCUCCACCACCAAAGAGAAUCAAUCUAUUGGAAAAAAAAUCUAUAUUAUAAAUCUAUAUCCUGUCUAUUGGUGUCUUUAUGUGCGUUGUCUUUGCUCUCGAUGGAAGAAGAGGGUUUGUGUUUACAGUGCGGAAUGUAAUGUGCAGGAAACUGGAGAACUGAAAGGCAACAAGAUUUUGGCACUAAUAAAAAUAAUUAUUGAAUAAAAAAAAA